UCGGCGAUCGCGAGAGGGGACUGGGCUGGGACUAGCAUAAAGUAUAGACAAAAAAUGUUUGAAGUUUUGAUCCAGUACAUCUCUGGUGUGCUUGACACACCUGAUGACCAGGUACGAUGUGUUGUACUCUUGUUUAUGGGGUAUCCCCUGGCGCUGGUGCUGCGUCACAUCCUCCACCCCUCCUGGACCUCUCUCCAUGUCAGACAUCUCUUCUCCUCUCUCUCUGGUCUCACCCUCGCCGCCCUCUGCUAUGACUGGCAGGUGAUGGUCCUGGUAGUUGGUGUAGCAGUUGGUUACAUCAUUCUAUUAGCUGCACCUUCAAACGUGGUCCAGAGGUGGAGUAUGGGAUGGGUGUUUGUGUUCAUGAGCUCCGGUCAUCUCUACCGCACCCUCACUGACUACGGAGGAUGGCAUUUGGAUAUCACGGGGUAA